CUUAAAGUAACCCAUCCAUGAAAUUUGUAUAGUUAAGGUUGUGUAAUAAACAUGGCGAAGUAUCUGGGAAUAGAUAGAAUUUAUAAUUUUUGGCGUACAAUAAAAGCAAGCGGUGGUAUUUUAAAUUCUUUGCGUCUUACAUUCAGAGUGGAUGAACUAAGAGAUGGUACCUUAGUUGGCGUAGAUAAAUAUGGAAACAAAUAUUAUGAGAAUAAUGAAUACAUUUUUAGUCGUAAUAGGUGGGUAAUAUAUUCUGAAAAAGUUUAUUUGGAUUACGAUGGUUCUCAAGUCCCAGCAGAAUGGUAUGGAUGGUUACAUUAUAAAACAGAUUUAAUCCCUACCAAGGAUCCCAGUCGACCAAAACACAAGUGGAUAGCAGAUCACAAACCAAAUUUAAGUGGUACUAAUGAAGCUUACAUACCUUAUACUACUACAAAACCAAAAAUUAUACCAUGGAAACCACCACAAUAAUAUACUUUUAGUACAUUGUAUUAUAUAUAGUUGUGUAGAAUAAUUAUAAUAAAGAUAACAUGUAAUUAAGUGUAAUUAAA